AUGGUGGAUUCAGUGGUAAUGAUGGUUUUUAAAUCCACUGCUAUGAUGCUUUUCAACAAAGGUAAAAAACGCGCUUUGGCAAAGCUGCAACAUUCUGGAGAUGCAAUCGGCCAAAGCAUUUGUAGCUUGAUUGCCGGUGAGCUUGAUGAAAUCAAGUCGGAACUGAGCGCAGCGAGAGCAGCCCCUCUUAAAACAAGUAUUGACUUGUACAAGGAAGGACUCACAUCCAUUUCUUUCGAUUCUGCUGAACCACCGCUGAAAAGAAUGAGAGUGGACCAAUUGGACGGCAGUGCGGUACCAACCUUCUAUAAAGUAAAGGUUGAGAUGAGCGAUUUAACCAAAAAGAGGUUUGCUGAUGCGCGCCUUGCAGCAGGGGAAGCCCUCGGAAAUGCAAAGUUGGAGAUAAAGGAGAUAAUUUUAGCUUUCUAUGUUAAAAUUAUGGCUACGUUCCUGGAAGACGCCGACACCGAUCCAGCGAGAGCUAUUUUGUUUUGUAAGAACUACUUAGAAAAACUGAAUUCCUUGCCAAAGAUCUCUAAUGAAUUCCACCAAGGAUUGGUUGGUUCGCCUUGGCAGAGGGCGGCAUCAUUCACAUCAAAACGUGUGGAAGUCAUUUGGUCUGUCUGCCAUCUGAAUCGCAUCGUUUUCGACGUUGCACAGUUUUCCGGAGCGGACAGUGUCCUUCAAGAACUCUUCGUCUGGCCGUGUAUCUCAAUUAGAAGUAGUGGGUCUAACACAAAGGAAGUUGAUCCACUGCGUGAUCCUCGGUUAGACAAGCUUUUAAAAUCAGAGGAUAAGGAACUCUGUUCGGUGAUGCUGUCGUUUGGCGACAACAACACUCACAAGCUAACUCUUCCUUGCAGUGUGGCAUCAAAUCCACAAGAUCAGUAUUUGGUGGUAAAUUACAACACGACCGAUAAGUUCAGCAGCCAUGGAAAAUUUCUCGACUCUCUUACCGUACCGACUGAAGGCCGUGCAGUGGAUGUAGCCACGGACAAGGAUGGUAGGGUUUACUUGCUGGUGACCAAGAAGCAGGAUUCUGAAGGAGGCAACGUGGAUCAAAAUUAUGAAGUGUUCUUAUAUGAUAACGACGGCAAACAUCCUUCCGGUAGUUUCCCCCUGAGAAGCAAGUCUAAAGGACUCAAACUGGCCGUGAACCAACACUCUGACAAGAUUGAACUGCUUGUUUUAGAGGGGAAAAGGGGUCAAAAGCUACAUGCUAGAGUGGAAGUCUACGAGGCCAAUGGUACUUUCCUCUCUCAGUUUGGAGAAAGGAUUCUACAGGAUGCGCAAGACAUCGUUAGCGGUAACGAUGGCCAUGUUUUCGUUUUGGAUAAAUGCCACGAGUCAGAAAAGAAAUUUAUUCGCGAGUUCGGUGUGGAUGGAUGUCAACUCCGACGGUAUAGCGUGGGCUCUGACUCGCUUGCCAUAGCAUUUUGUCGUCCAAGUAAAAGCGUCAUCGUUGUCUCAGCUUCCAACCCAAAUUGUUUCGAGGUGGCCAUACACCAAGUGGCAGACGGAAAACAUAACAAUCGCGAUCUUCAGCUACUGCGCAAACUGAAGGUCGAAAUAACAGGAAUCCUUUUGGAGCUACACGCUACAGUAACCCAAAAGGGACGCAUAGCUAUUGUCAUAGCAAAGAACUCAGAUUGCGGUAAACCGCAAGGAGAGCUCAUCAUUUAUUAA